AAAUGGACUGCGUGGCUUGUGCCGUGUAAUUGUUCUGAAAAAAUACUUCCCGUGCGAGAACAAAAAAUUAUGAAAUUUAUUAUCAAUGAACAGGAGUAAGGAUGAUGCAAAAGUGGAACUUCCACCAGUCAAGACAAAUGAGGCCAAUUUAGAGGAAUUAAAUAAAAAAAUUGUCGAAAUUAAAAGGAAAAUUGUCCUUUCAGAGGGUCAGAAAAAGGCGAAUGUUGAGGAGUGGGAAGCUGAUAAAAAACAACUAACCGAGAAGAUUAAUGAACUGAAGAAGGAAAUAAAAAGUCUUACGUCAAAAUUAAAAUUUCUCCAUAAUCCAUCCAAGAAGAAUCAAAAGCUCGUCCAACAAGACUCGUCCAUUCAGCAACAAAAAAAGCUUCCAUUGCCAAAAGGAGCAAAAAAUUACGAGGAUGGACUGGACAUUUUAGAUUUGCAAAUUAUUGACUUGAAAAAGCAAAAUGAUUUAUUUUACGCGAAAAUACAGAAAAAGCAGGAUGAUUUGGAUAAGCUUAACGCAGAAUAUCAAAAAUUGCUAACGUAUAAAAAUGAGAAAACAUCACUAGCAAAAACAGAUAGACCGCCUGAAACGCAAGAGGAGGAUCAAAACAGGAAGCUAAUAACUCGCUUAGAGAAUGAGACUCACAAAAUGGAAGUUCAGUGGAAUGAAGCGGAACACAUUCGUAAAAAAUAUCGAGCAAUCAAAAAUUCAUUGAUGAUGGAUUCUGAAAAGUUUGAGAGUACAUUGCUAAAAAUGGAAACAUCAAUGAAGGAGCAACAGCAGGAGAUAAAUAGAUUGCAAAACGUCUAUCAGGAAGCAUUAACAAUGCGUGACUCCACAAAGUCGGUGUUGACAAAGCAAGAACAAACGACAGUUGCAUCCAAUAAGACUCGCUUGCGACAAGCAGAAGAAUUUCGUCGUCAAGUUGAGGAACGAAAAGCAGAAUUGGAGCGAUUGGAAAGGAAAAUAUUUGCUGCUGUUCCGGGACCUGGGAAAAUCAUUCAUCAAGAGAGUGGUGCAAGUAGCGGAAAGAUGGAUGAGGAAGAUGCAGCAAUACGCGAGAGCAAGGCAUUUAUGGAAGCUAGUUUGAAACGAAUCAUGGGAAUCACUGGUGUUACAGUUGCAAAUGAACUAGUUGACAGAUUUUUAGCACAGCGUGAAGCUAGUGCACGAUUAACCUAUUUGAGAAAUGUCACGGAGCAUGAAAAGAAACGUUUGGAAUCGCAACGAGAGCAAUUGAGUUUGCAGCUUGAUGUAUUCAAAUUUAGUGAUAAUCGUGAGAGUGAAGUCAAUCAAGAAGAAUUGGAAAGAGUAAAGAAGGAUAUUGACGAGGAGAAGACACGAAAACAGAGCUUGGAUGUAGAAGCUGAACGAACAAUGAUUGUUUUGCAAUCGAUUAAAGAGGCACUUGUCGAAAUGUUAUUAAAGCUUCAAGAGCUGGAUGAGAUGACAGCUGAUAUACAGACAAGAAGAAAAUUGGCUAAACCUCUUGGCUUUCCAUUGCCCGACCUUGUAACCGGAAAUAUUACAACAGAACAAAUCGUAAAAAUUUUAGAAGAGAAAGUAAAAGUGGGUAUGAUUGCUUCCGGUCAAUUGACUGAGGGUGUCGAUACAACGCUUUCUGAAGAGGAGGAAAUUGAGGAACCCAAACCGGCAAUUAUGGACAGAUUAAUGGGUUUCAGAGAAGACGAAGAUGGUGAGGAAGCUAAAGUUAUACCAAAAUCACCAUCAGUCCUUAGUUUUGGCAUUGAUGAGAAGCCAGCCGCUUAUCCACAAGUUUAUUCAAGUUUGAUAGCUGGCAGAAGCACAGGAUUAGUCAGCUCAGCAUCACCAGGUGCCGGAGUUGGUGCUGCUUCUGAAGAAGAAGCAGAUGUUCCAAGCAGAUCAUUCCUUAAACGACAGGCUAACUUAAUAUUGGAUGCUAAAUCCCGCAGAAAGUUUAGACAGCAACAGCCAGCAAGGAGAAAAUAAAAUUAAGGAAAAAAUAAACUUUUUUUAGAGAUUUUUUUAUACGUCAAACUUUUAAUGAACUCAAUGAGAUUUUUUGUCUUACCAAUAUUUGUGGAUAAAGCGGUUUAUUGUAGUUAAAUUGACUUCAUGGUCGC